AUGGACGGUUACCCACAGCAGCAGCAGCACCAUCACGGAUACAUGAGACCGCCACCGCCGCAACAGCAGCAACAACAACAACAACAACAGUGCCACCGUCGGCGGCGGAUCCUUACCACUACUACCACCAGCACCAGCCCAGACCACCAGUCCCUCAACAGCCGCAAGGAGGCACUUCAUGCUCCUCCUCCUCCUCCUCCUCCUCCCUCUUCUUCAUACCCUUAUCCUACGCACCUUCCCUCUCAAAGCCACCUCUUUCCUCCUCCUCGCCCAUACGUGCCUCCACCAACACAACCUUACUCUCAGGAAUGGGGGAAUCCCAAUUGGGGACAGCACCAAGCUUGGGAAUAUCCAGCAGCCCAUAACCAUGUGGAGGAUUGGGCUGCUAAGGCCAGAGCAUGGGCAGCUGCAAAACAAGGUGCAUUGGAAGAUCAACAUCCUCAGUCUCAAUUUACACCAGUUGGCAGAUCAGAAGAACAAAGUCCAUAUUAUGAUCAGUAUCCGCAAACUGUUGAUACUCAUUAUCAAGGUGUUCAGCAGCAGCCAUUUCCUGCAGUGGGCUAUCAGCAGUUUCCAGUUUCAGCCGCUCCUUCACACCAGCUGCCUCUGGCUUAUCCACAGGAGAAUGCAUCUUUCAACAUGGGAGAAUCUUCAUAUGGUUCUGAUAGACCUCUUGCUUAUACUGGUGGAGCUGCAACUUCAAAUGCAAGUCCGUCUGUUCAUCAGCAGGAGGUACCUUCUAGUUAUUCUUCUGUUACAGGUAAAGAAGAGAUUGUAGAUCCAAAGGAGCAGUUUUACAAAUCAUUGCCUUUGCCCAUUUCCUCUGCUCAAGAAGGACAGCAUCAUCUGCUACCAUCACUGCCUGCUACUGGUAGAUCAGUUUUGACUGAGCAGCCCUUUGCAUAUAGCAAUCAGGCAUCUAAUCCCACAGCCGACCUCAGCAACCAGCCUUUGGAGUUUGCACCUGGUUUCAACCGUGAUCAUGAUCCUCAUAUGCAGUCAAGUUAUGCUACACAUCAUGAUUCGGCAGGAACUAUGAGAGGCAUUGGCUCUUCUGGACCCAUCCCUUCAAUUAGUUCCUGGAAUCCUGCUGUUACUACUGGUGUAGUUUAUCCUCCAAUUCCUCCAGUUCUUCCACCAGGGCCUCAGGAUCCUACCAUAGUUGUGCCUUCUUCUGUUUCCGGGCAUGCUGCACCGCCAUUUGGGAGCUUUCCUGGAACAAGUUUUCAGCCCACAAUUUCACCUGCUGGUGUGCCAUAUUGUCUUGGUGCAGGAAAUGCACUUCAUCCUACUGGAGGCUUCACGGAUGCUUAUGGGGUUUCUAAUGUUUCUGAACGCCCUAAAAAGGCCUCUGUCCCAAAUUGGCUCAAAGAAGAAAUAAUUAAGGCCUCUGUCAUGACGAAGCCUUCUCUAGAGCAUCCUAGAGAGGAAACACAAUCUAUUGAGGAUGAAGGUGUUGAUAAAUCAUUUGGAAAGGGUAAUCAAGCAGGUAGCAAAAGCAUUGAUUCCCCAAGGUCGACUGAAGAAGAUGAUGACGAUGAGGAUUAUGCUGAAGCGGCUAGAACUGCAGCUAUUAACCAGGAAAUCAAACGUAUCCUAACUGAAGUUCUUUCGAAGGUUACCGAUGAGCUGUUUGAUGAAAUUGCAAUGAAAGUUCUUGAUGAAGAUGAUCUGAUGGUUGAAGUUGAGCACCAAUCGGUUGCUUCAAAUCAAAAGGUUUCAUCACCAUCUCACCCUGCUAACUCAACUCCAAAGGCUUUUGCAAAGGUUCUAGUUCCUGUUAGAACCAAUGAGUCUGAGAAUGAAGAUGUCAAUGAAAAAGCUAGUUCCAGCUCCCCUGGAAAUGUUUUAGGUCUCGCUAACUAUGCCUCUGAUGAAGAUGAUGAUGAUGAUGAUGAAAUCCAGAGUUCCAGCAUAUCAAAUUCGAGGAAAAAUUCUGUGCUUCAACCGUCAGCCAUUUCAGAGAUUGCAGAAGAUACGAAUGAUGCAGCUGAAAAUGGCAAUUCGCAAAUAGAACUUGGAAAGAGCACUGGAGUUGCAAAUUUAGAUAGUGAUCUGUGCAAAACAAGUCCAAUUGGGUCUGAUAGUAAAAUUAAUGGUGCUUUUAGUGAGCUGAAUGAGCAUGUGCAUUCCCGGGUGGUCUCUGCAGACAGUCAUGUCGAAAUUAGUGUUAAUGGUGAAAAAAAAUUAGAAAGCGAUAACAAGGCUGCCUCCAAAGCUACAAUUGGAGAAACGACCAAAAUGAAAUCUGAACCACUUGGUGAGAGUGCCAGUGUGGAAAAAUUAGUGGCUGAUUAUUCUCAGGCCAGGGAUACCAGGGUGAGAUCAGAUCAAGAUAGUCGACGUGAAAGUAGAAGUAGUGGGAGUAGGGCAGAUGAGAAGGGGGAUGAUGGUCAGAGGAGACAGGAUGGGAAGCAUCUGAACAAGGAAAAAACAGAUGAUCUGAAUGGCUCAAAAGAAAAGAGGAAAGAGCGAAAUGAUAAGACAGGAGAGAGUGCAAAGGAAUCAGAAUCAAGAAGAAGGUCCUCUCAUCCUGAAGUCAAGGAGGACAGGAAAGAGGCAGAAAAACCUCACAGAUCUAGUGCCAAAGAUGAUGCCACCAGAAAGAGAGAUCGAACAAAGGAAAAGGAGGAAGAUAGAGCAAGACAUAAACCUACCAGUGACUCAAGCAAGCACAAGAGAACUCGUUCUUCUUCAAUCAGCAGUAGGGGUAGAAACAGCAAGGACAGUGAUUCAAGUGAUGAAGCAUCAGAUGAUUCUAAGAGGUUCACCUCUGAGAUUCUGCCUGUUCUUUUUUGUAUAUUUGCAGUGUGGGAUGCUUAUAUUCUUUUGUGUACUGCAGGAAACAUUCAAGGAAACGGCAGUCUUCACCAUCACCUGUCAGGUCUAGAAGAAGACAAGUAUUGCGGUCACCUCAUAGCAAGCAUUCUCAGCGCAGGCAAUCUCCCUACUCUUCUCUUGAGACCACAAGGAGAAGGAGAUCAAGAUCCAAAUCACCUGUCAGGCGGCAUAAGUGAUGCAGGCUCUGAAAUGCAAGGCGAUUCUGCUGAUAAUGGCUUUGAUGGGUUGCCCAAUGAAGUGAAGACAACUUCUGUUCAUUUUCAUGUACGAUUGACACGGGAGUUUUUCAGCUUAGAUAGUAGUUCAAUUAGAAUCAACUUAGAAGGAGGCGAUUCACCCAAGGUGGAAGCUCAAGCUGAAGUACUUCGGCUUGUGAUCUGUGAGGCUUUAAAGCUUAUUAUUACACUUCUCCUGGAAGUGUAA